UCAAACAGCUGAUUUUCGCAAACUUGAAGAUUUGUUUACGACUUGGCAAUCGGACUUUUGUGAAUCACAACCAAAUUACUUUCGAUCGGGAUUGGGUCAGUGUGCCUUGCUGGUAGCCUCAGAUAAGUUUAACUAAACCAUGGAACGGGGAAGCAAUAAGGAUUUCAGAAGGGAAGAAGGUGAAUGGCAGAACGACGGCUCCUUCCCCGCGGUCUUCCACGAAUUCGUCUCGAAGAACGUGUCCAUGCCCUCUGACCUGGGCCAACUGAUCGCAUACGUGUUGCUGCUGGUCGUCUCCUGGUACACCCUACUCUUCGCCUUCCGGUUCCUGAUUUCGCUGGUGAAGCCCGUGCUGGUGGUUUUGGUCGCCUUCUUCAUCUUCCAAUGUCUGCGAUCCUACCAGCUUGGGGGCAUCAUCGAUCUUGUCUUCACAAUUUUGGGUCAAGUCGCUAAUCUAGUCACCACCAUUCUGGCCAAGGUCAUGGAGCUCAUUGUGCGUGCUCUUGGUUAAUAAAUAUAAGAUUAACGAAUAACA